AUGGAUGCAGUGCAAUUUAGAAAAGCCAAGCUGAACAAGUUCAAAACUAAAGAGCAAAAACAGUUUAAGUUCCCGAAGUUUCAGCAGACCAAACAUGACAGUAAAGCAUGUUCCAAGUGUGACAAAGCACCCGCGCACGCAGCAGCACAGUGCCCAACAAAAAAUGCAGAAUGCCAUAACUGUGGAAAACGCGGACACUAUGGUAGAGUCUGUAAGUCCAGCACAUCUGUGAAUGAGGUCGCGGACAGUGCGGCUGGACUUUUUCUGGGUGAGGUGGAUUCUGGAGAAGAACCAUGGCUGGCGGACAUAAAUGUGGGAGGACAUAAGGUGACCUUCAAGUUAGAUUCCGGAGCAGAUGUGUCUGCUAUUUCAGAACAAACAUUUGUGAGCUUCAAACUCAAAGACAAAACAUUGGACAAAGCGGAAAAACCAUUGUAUGGACCGGGUGGGGCUGCGUUAACUGUUUUGGGGUCUACCACAGAGACUAUUGUGUAUGGUGACAGGAGCACCGCAGAGAAGAUCUAUGUAGUCCGAAACCUGCGCGUGGCACUGCUGAGUAGAACAGCUUCGGUGAGACUGAAGCUUAUCACCAGAGUUGAUACUAUAAACGAAGAGACGGUGAAUAAAGCAUACCUCAAGUUAUGCGAAGGACUUGGGCUGGUACAAAAGCCAUACACCAUAAAACUAAAACCUGAUGCCAAGCCCUUUUCGCUCAAAGUGCCAAGGCGCGUGCCACUGCCGCUCAUGGGAAAAGUUAAAGAAGAGCUGAACAGAAUGGAAAAGUUGGGAGUUAUUAGUCGUGUGGACGAGCCGACCGAAAAGGACAAAGAGAAGGUGCGUAUCUGUGUGGACAUGACACCUUUAAAUGAGUCCGUGUGUCGUGAAAGAUACAUACUUCCUUCUGUAGACCAAACACUAGGCAUGCUCACAGGUGCUCAGUAUUUUUCUAAACUUGAUGCAUAUAUGGGCUUUUGGCAAAUACCACUAUCCAAAAAGUCGGCACUCCUCACCACGUUCAUUACGCCAUUCGGCAGGUAUCACUUCAACCGUUUGCCAUUUGGUAUCUCCAGCGCGCCUGAACAUUUUCAAAACAUGAUGGUGACGGAGGUUACAGCAGAUAUCGAGGGAGUCGUCUGUCACAUGGACGAUAUCCUGGUCUGGGGAUCGACCGUAGAGGAGCAUGACACAAGACUGCAUGCUUUCCUGCAGCGGGCAGAGAAAGCCGGCGUUACAUUGAACAUGUCAAAAUGUGAGUUUAACAAAAGAAAGGUCAAAUUCCUUGGAUUCAUCGUCUCAGCAGAUGGAAUGAGUCCUGAUCCAGACAAAACCCAAGCUGUUCAGGACAUGAAGGAGCCAAGCAACGUGAGUGAGCUCAGGAGCUUUCUUGGUAUGGUAAACCAACUGGGGAAGUUUAUUCCAAACCUUUCUGAAAAGGAUAAACCACUGAGAGACUUACUUUCAACCAAGAACAUGUGGUACUGGGGGCAUGACCAGCAAAAGGCGUUUCACAACCUUAAACAAGAACUGUCUUCUCCUCCUGUGUUACAGCUCUACAACCCGAAUAAGCCACAGAAAAUCUCCGCGGAUGCCUCUUCAUUUGGCCUGGGGGCAGUCAUGCUGCAGAAAGAGGGAGAUGUGUGGUCACCAGUUGCUUAUGCUUCCCGAUCAUUAACACCUACAGAGCAGCGCUACGCUCAGGUGGAAAAAGAAGCGCUGGCUCUUACGUGGGGCUGUGAGAGGUUUAAUGACUUCAUCCCAGGCCUUCACUUUGAACUCGAAACUGACCACAAGCCACUAGUGAGUCUUCUGGGAGGACAAGCUUUGGAUGCGCUUCCGCCGUGGAUACAGAGAUUCCGUAUGCGCUUAAUGAGGUACUCAUACACAAUAAAGCACAUCCCUGGCAAAAGUCUCACCACAGCUGACACACUCUCACGCUUACCGCUUACAAACAGUGUUACUGGCGCUGAUACAGAUCUUAUGGAGGACACUAAUAUUUCCCUUGAAUCAGUGCUAGAGGGUCUUCCUACAAGCAGUAAAUACCUGGCAGAUCUUCAAGAGCAUCUGAUGUCUGACAGCGUCUGUUCUCAAGUCAUGAGGUACUGUGCAGAAGGCUGGCCGGAUCGUAACCAGCUACAAGGAGCGGUGAAGCACUACUGGCCUGAGAGAGCUGUUCUGAGUGUGCACAACGGACUACUACUUAGGGGCACAAGGUUAGUUAUUCCUGCUAACAUUAGAAACUCAGUUUUGGACAAAAUACACGAGGGCCACCAGGGUGUGGUCAAGUGCAGAGAGCGUUCCCGUCAGGCAGUGUGGUGGCCAGGUUUAAGCAACCAGAUCAGUGAACUUGUCCUCAAAUGCAGACAGUGCAUACAGGAAAGAGUCAAUGUAAGAGAGCCUUUAAUGCCCACAGAUCUACCCGAAAGACCAUGGCAGAAGUUAGGUGCUGACUUGUUUGCUCUGAAAGAUAAAAACUACCUGUUACUAGUGGACUACUUCUCUAGAUAUAUAGAGAUUGCUCAGCUCAGCCCAACUCGCUCUGCCAAUGUCAUUGUGCAUUUGAAAUCAAUAUUUGCACGUCAUGGAAUACCAGAGAUACUGAUCACUGACAAUGGCCCGCAGUUUGCAUGUCAGGAAAUGAAAGACUUCGCAAGUGAAUACUGUUUUGAGCAUGUGACCAGUAGUCCCAGGUACCCCCAAAGCAACGGCGAGGCGGAGAGAGCUGUCCAAACAGUUAAAAAUCUCCUCAAGAAAGCUAGUGAUCCGUACAGAGCUCUAUUAGCCUAUAGGACCACAGCGCUGGCAAAUGGCUUCAGCCCUGCACAGCUACUCAUGGGGCGUCGACUCCGUACCACCCUGCCGAUGCUACCAGAGGCUUUACAGCCAUGUGUGCCAAAUCUUCGACAACUUCGUCAUGUGGAGAGGGAGAGAAGGAUGAGACAAACUGAGUGUUUCAAUAAAAGACACAGAACAAGAGAUCUGGAUAAACUGAUACCCAGAAACCCCGUUUGGAUUGCAGAUGCAAAAGCAACAGGCACAGUGACAUCUGUCCACCCAACUCCACGGUCCUAUGUCAUCAGUGGACCGCAGGGAACAAUCAGAAGGAACCGCAGUCAUCUUGUGCCUUUGCCGAUAUCAGAGACUCAUACUGAAUCACAACAGACCCAGUUUAAUGAAAGAAACACUCCUGCAGAGAUACUUUCUGAGCCACAAGCACAACAAACACCAGAUGUUGUUCGAACCAGGUCUGGUAGAGAAGUGGUAAAACCAAAAAGACUGGAUCUGUAAAAGAAUGCAUUAACAUUUCUGUUAUGCUUUGAAUAAGUUCUAAAUAUGCCUUAAUCUAAUAAGAGUGUUUGCAUAGAAAAUGUUCUAAU